AUGAUCAACCGUGGUCAACCAAGACCAACCAUGGUCAACCAUGGUCAACCUUGGGCAACCAAGAUCAACCGAAGUCAACUAUGGUCAACCAAGACCAACCAUGAGCAACCAACAUCAACCAUGGUCAACCAAGGUCAACCUUGGGCAACCAAGAUCAGCCAUGGUCAACCAAGGUCAACCUUUGGCAACCAAGAUCAACCAUGGUCAACCAAGGUCAACCUUGGGCAACCAAGAUCAACCAUGGGCAACCAAGGUAAACCAUGGUCAACCAAGACCAGCCAUGGUCAACCAAGGUCAACCUUGGGCAACCAAGAUCAACCAUGGUCAACCAAGACCAACCAUGAGCAACCGAGAUCAACCAUGGUCAAUCAUGGUCAUCCAAGACCAACCAUGGUCAACCAAGGUCAACCAUGGUCAACCAAGGUCAACCUUGGGCAACCAAGAUCAACUGAGGUCAACCAUGGUCAUCCAAGACCAACCAUGGUCAACCUUGGGCAACCAAGAUCAACCGAAGUCAACCAUGGUCAACCAAGACCAACCAUGAGCAAGCAACAUCAACCAUGGUCAACCAUGAUCAACCAUGGUCAACCAAGACCAGCCAUGGUCAACCAAGGUCAACCUUGGGCAACCAAGGUCAACCUUGGGCAACCAAGAUCAACCAUGGUCAACCAUGGUCAACCAAGACCAACCAUGAGCAACCGAAAUCAACCAUGGUCAACCAUGGUCAUCCAAGACCAACCAUGGUCAUCCAAGACCAAGCAUGGUCAACCAAGGUCAACCAUGGUCAACCUUGGGCAACCAAGAUCAACUGAGGUCAACCAUGGUCAUACAAGACCAACCAUGAGCAAGCAACAUCAACCAUGGUCAACCAAGGUCAACCAUGGGCAACCGAGGUCAACCAUGAUCAACCAUGGUCAACCAAGACCAGCCGUGGUCAACCAAGGUCAACCAAGAUCAACCAUGGUCAACCAAGACCAACCAUGAGCAACCAUGGUCAUCCAAGACCAACCAUGGUCAACUGACGUCAACCAUGGCCAACCAAGACCAACCAUGGUCAACCAAGACCAACCAUGGCCAACCAAGACCAACCAUGGUCAUCCAAGACCAACCAUGGUCAACCAAGACCAACCAUGGCCAACCAAGACCAACCAUGGCCAACCACAGGUCAUCACCACCUUGGAGACCCCACUUUCUUCUGCCUCCUCAUUGGUUGAACCCCCCACGAUGCUCAUUGGCCAACCCGCCCACCCCCUCAGCCAAUCACAACCCUCGGAGACAAGUCGACGCCCCCUGCAGGACCAACCCCCGCUUCAUGUCCGUGUUGGAACCCCCAGGUGCCCCACGGCACCCAUGGGUGCCCCCCUGGUGACCUAUGGGUGCUCCCCACCCCCACCCCCCGUGACCCAUAGGUGGCCCCGCCCCCUUCCAACCCAUCCCAACCAAUAAAGCGCUUGGAGCUGC